UAGAUUCAAUAUUCCACAACACACGCUACACGUUUUCAUUCCCCCUGUCACAAGGGAUUUAUGGCUGAUUUACUUCAAUUGCACUUUAUUGGUACUAUAGUAUUUUUUAAAAUUUAAUCCCUUGAGAUGGGAAAUCAUGUUUUUUCUAAUGAAGUUGAACAUGUGCUCUUUAUGACAGAAUGUUAAAACUAGGUGAAGGAUGUACUCUAUUCGUGGAAAUACUUAAUCAACCACGGUUUGUAUACAUGUAGUUAUCGUGUUCCUUUACUACUGGUCUGUAGGCUGCCUUGCACGGUAGUAAAAACCCUUCCACCUGGCCGGCGCUUUUUUUGCGUUUCUGGGCUCGCCUCUGAUCGGAAACAAGGAAUUUUCAAAAAUGAUUUGACUAGAACACGGAAGUAGGUUUGAAGACGACUCUAGCACAGUUUCUAAACCCAGAGGUGCAAUCAUAGAAAUAAGAAUUAAUUCUUAUUUGUAUGGGCGUCUAUGAAUUAAUUCUUAUUUGUAUGCGCGCAACAUCGCGAGACUUCCGGGAACGCUUGUGAAACAAACCAAACAGACCAUGCUAUGGUUUGGGGUUUGAGAAAUCAAUGAUCGAAGUGAAAAUUCUUCCUUAGUUGUUGAACAUAUUAUUACUCUACACUGUUGAAGGUGACAGGUACGUUUUCAUUUUCGUCAAAACAACGUUUUGAUUUGACGGUCUGCACAUGCGCAGUUCGGCCCGAGACGACAUUUGACCCGAUGACUCUAGUUUGGAGUUUGACCCGUUCUACCAGCAAAAAUAAGGCUGUGACCUCGAGGAUUUUCCUUAAAAAAUAAUAGUCCCACAAUGAAGAUCGUGAAAAAUAAUAUAAAAUGUUAUACAUUUAGACCAUUUGUAAGGAAAUGUUAGCAGACUUAGAAUUUUGUUUAACAAUAUUAAAAAAUAAAUAAAGUUAGUCGCCUUUAUAGCUCAAGUAAUAUAGCAUUGACAUUAUUGUUAACAGCACUUCUGGUUUCAAAAUCUACAAAGUUUAUAUUCAGAGGAGCAUCGCUGCAGAUAAUUUUGUAUGGUGCAAUAAAUAAUAGUACUUAACAAAACAUUGUUGACCAUUCAGGUGUAAAUAUUUUUUUUAUAGAAAAAAAAACUUAUUUUUAAAAUACUUGUAAUUACUAUUUGUAUGAUAACUAGUAUGAAAUAUUUUGAUAAUUGUGCACAUUUUCCAUCAUUUUCACAAUAAUUAUACAUUUACAAAAUGUACAGGAUGGGACAUUUAUUUUGAAGGAUUUCAAAAAUCGGUCACCCGGAAGUACUUAUUUAUUCUUGCCCGCUUCACCGUCGGUUUGAUUUUGCAUACCUUGUUAGAAAUAAAGAAAGAUCAAGUGACUCAACUGAAGAGGCUACCUAACUCUCAUUUGACUGAAAAUGUCUAAACUAGAUUUGUUGCGUGUGUUUUUAAAUGAGCGCUUAACUGCGGCUGCGGCGGAGAUUUUCGGGGCCGUUGAGAAAACGGUAGUGGAGUAUCAGGAGGAGAAUCAUCGGCUUCGUGGACUGCUGCGGAUUACACCGGGGAUAAAACUAUGCAAAAGAGACUCCCUGCAGCUCUCUCUCGCUGUCUCUGAAGAGGAGAUUCCCUCUGAGCAGCAGCACUGUGAGCAGGAGUGGAGCCCCAGUCUAGGGCAGGAGGACCCAGAGACCACACAGAUUAAAGAGGAACAGGAGGAAGUCAGGACCAGUCAGAAGGAACAGCAGCUUCAAGGGCUGGAGGCUGAUAUCAUAGAGUUCCAAUUCACUCCUUCCUGUGUGAAAAGUGAAUGUGAUCAGGAGGACCCACUUUGGUCCUUGACUCUUCCCCAAACCCAGACUGUGGAGAACAGAGAGAGUGAUCCUAAACAUUUUGCCACUGUGACCCACCUAAAGGGUUUUGAUAUUCCCUGUGACCCUCCAGAUAAUCAAAGCAAUGUGUCCAGCCACAGCUCAGCCAAAAGCAGCGACCCACUAGGACAUGACAGCAGCCAACCAUUGGAUCCGAACCUACCAAUGGGGGAACAUUGUUCCAAACCCAGCACCAUAUCUAUAAAAGCUUACCGCUGCCGGGACUGUGGCAAAACGUUUCCUCUGAAAGCGGGCUUGCAGAGGCAUGUGAAUCUCGACAAGAAGAGACUCAGUGAAUGCCACUUCUGCAAAAAACAGUACAACUCCACCUGUAAACUGAAGGCCCAUGCCCGACUAUGUCACGGUGGGAAACCCAGCACCUGCCCCUUCUGUGGCAAGACCUUCAAACACAAAGGACAUCUGUCUAGGCACAUGAGUAUUCACACAGGAGAGAAACCAUUUAGCUGUGGUGACUGUGGGAAGAGCUUCAAUCAGAAGGGGGGCCUAGGAAGACAUAUACUGACUCACACAGGAGAGAAACCUUUUAGCUGUCAUUUUUGCUGUAAAAGCUUCAGGCAGAAGAGGGAUCUAAGGAGGCAUAUACUGAUUCACACAGGAGAGAAACCAUAUAGCUGUGGCGACUGCGGUAAAGGCUUCAUUCGCAAGGAGCACCUAACUGCACAUAUGCGGACUCACACAGGAGAGUAGAGAUUUAUCUGUGGUGACUGCGGGAAAAGCUUCAAUCGUAAGGGGAAGCUGAGAAUUCAUAUAUGGACUCUCACAGGGGAGAAAUCAUUUAUCUGUGAUGACUGCUGGAAUUGUUUAAUUACGAAGACUAAGGGCUCUAUUCAAUCAGUAUUUUGGAAGUUCAGCAUGAUUGCCAUUACAUUUCAAUGUUGCUGAGUUAGCGGAGACAGUAUUCACGAUAAACACUGCAUACGUCGCCUCAAUCAGAAUUUACCUUAACAUUUCUAUUGUGCAAUCUGUAACGCUUCAGCGAUAUAGAGCCCUAACCUAACAUAUUUACGGACUCACACAGGGGAGAAAUCAUUUAGCUGUGGUGACCGCGGGGAAAGCCUCAGUAAGAAGGGGGACCUAACCAGGCAUAUACUGACUCACACAGGAGACAUAUCACAUGGCUGCCCAGUUUGUGGUAAAAGAGUCACUCAGAAGGUAAACCUACUGAAGCAUGGAAAAAGAACAUACACAAACAAGAUAAACUGAAAGAAGGAAGAAAAUGGACUUAGAUUUUUAUUCCCAUCUUCUGACAGAACAUCAACUGUGGAUCAUUCAUGCUGUGUAUUUUAGAGAGAACAUUUUACAAAAGUAAAUCCAUAAUGUAUCUAUGUACAUAAAGUUUGAUUGGAUUUAAAUGAUUAAGAAAUUAACCAGGAGUAGUGCAUUUAUUAUGGGAAUCUCACCAAUCUACUGUUCUGUUUUUGUUUUCACCUUAUUAGAAACUGGAAGAUCUGGAUGGGAAAAAUAUACACUGCUCAAAAAAAUAAAGGGAACACUAAAAUAACA